CUUCGAUUGGCGUUAUUGCGUCAUUGCAUGUAUCUCAAAUCCCAUUUCCCAACCCUAAUUAUAUUUUCAUUUCCCCUGAUUAUCUCUCUCUAGCGCCUUACCCUCAAUUCUUCAUCUUCAACAGAUAUGGCAACUGGAACAGCUCCCCCAAGAGGUAGUGCGGCUGCUGCUGCUAGCCUUCGCCGAAGGAGGACAAGUGGUGGAGCAGCUGGAGGUGCUUCCGGAACUAUGUUGCAGUUUUACACCGAUGAUGCUCCGGGUUUGAAGAUCUCCCCCAAUGUUGUACUAAUGAUGAGCAUCGGUUUCAUUGCUUUUGUUGCUAUGCUUCACGUUGUGGGUAAGCUCUGGUUGGUGAGGAAAGACUAAAGCACUUCUUCGAUUUCUUGACCGACGUGAGAUGGCUUGAUACUGAAAUUUAGACUGAGCUUUAUGUUUUUUUUUUUUGGUUUUUAAAUCCUGCUAUACUAGAACUCUAUGGCUGAAUUUUAUGGAUGAUGUUUCGUUCCAAAGUGAUUCCUGCUCUAAUAACUGACGCUCCUUUUAUACUUU